ACGAUCUCCGACCUUAGCCUGUUCCAAAACAGAACAAAUGUACUUAAAAAAAUAAAGAUCCUAUUUUGAGGUUAUGUUAUUAUUUACUUAACUAUUUUCUUUAACAUAUAACACGGUGAUGUUUGUUGUAUAUAUUGUUAAAAAAGUACAUAAAAAAGAUUCAAUUUAAAAAUAUGCUCGACAAAAUUUUAUAUAACACCGUCCUGUGUCAAACGUUUUCAAGAUGUGGGAAGUAUUUAAUUGCCGGUAAUAUUUACGGACAAAUCGCUAUAUUCGACCUCGACCGUAUACUUAAUCCAGUGGCCGAGCUUCUUACUGUGGAUUUUAAUAAGCCCAAACACAUCCAUACACUUGAGUCCGAAAAACAAGUAUGCAGUCUAGUUACUACAGAGAAGUUCCUUAUCGUUGGAUCUGUGAAUGAAAUAUCAGGAUGGGAUUGGAAAGGAUUUCUUAAUUUUAAAUUAAAUAAACCCUCUUGGGUAAUAAAAAUGCCAUCACAUUCAAUUUUGGAACAAAUAGACGUCAAUAGUUUAUGGUUAUCCGAAGAUGAAAAUAGAUUGUAUGCAGGUUGUGGAGACAAUAAUGUUUAUGUCAUCAACUUAGAAGAUGGGAAAAUUGUAUCCACAUUUACUGGCCAUGAAGACUACAUACAUUCAGUACAUGGAAAAAAUCAACAGUUAAUAACUGCAGGUGAAGAUGGUUAUGUCCUACUAUGGGAUUUGAGAAUGGGCAAAAGCCAUAACAAACUAGAACCACACGACAAUAGCAAAGUGAGCCGACCUGAUAUUGGCAAGUGGGUUGGCUCUGCUACACUGAGUGAUGACUGGAUUGUAUGCGGCGGAGGACCUCGUCUCUCAUUAUGGCACCUCCGCUCCCUAGAUGCCGUCACAGUAUUUGAUAUCCCCGACCAUGGUAUUCACGUGUCAUUCUUCCAUGAUGACUGUGUGGUAGCCGGUGGCGCGGCUAAACACCUCUACCAACUAAGUUAUUCAGGGGAAGUCAAAGUGGAACUGCCUGUUUCAGCUACAACUGUCUAUUCAGCAAUAUUACGGACACAGCCACACAAUGUCCUAACUAUUGCUGGCUCCAGUCCGGAAAUCGAUCUGUGCACUACAUUCAACUACAGGGAUCAAGUUUUACAUUUCCGUUAAGUAAUACCUACCGGUUUAACUUACGUGUAAAAGCUUAACUAGUUACUAAAUCAAUUCGUGAUCCUUGGUCAUGAGCGCCUGUAACGCCAGCAGGAGGUUGACUGCGUAUUUCGAUUUAAUUACACGUAAGUUAAACCGGUAGUUAUUAAAAUAUAAUGUGUGUUUACGAAACUUUAAACAAUAAGAGUUCCGUUAAGGUUAACUUAAAUAUUCAUUUAAUGAUGGUGAAGAUAUGGAAAAUAAAAUAUCAUUACAAUGU